AUGGGAGGCCAAGAUGUUAUUACUGAAGUCCCCACAGCCCUGAAACGUUUGGCCAAGUACAUGGUGCGUGGCUUCUACGGAGCCGAACAUGCGCUGGCCCUCGAUGUUUUGAUCCGCUACGCAUGUGUGAAGGAGGACGAUUUGCUGCUGCUCCUCAGGUAUGAGCGCAAGCAGCUGCGAACCGUCCUGAACACCCUGAAGGCUGAUAAACUUGUGAAGCUGCGCAUGCGCGUGGAGACAGGCCGCAACGGGAAGAGCGUGAGGCACAAUUACUACUACAUUAACUACAAGGUGUUGGUGCAUGUGGCAAAGUACAAGCUGGAUCACAUGCGCCGGAAGAUUGAGGCAGACGAGCAGCGUUCCACCACCCGAUCGUCCUUCAAGUGUCCUGCCUGCUCAAAUGCGUACACCGACCUGGAAGUGAAUCAAUUGUUUGAUGCUUUCACAGGGACAUUUCGUUGCACCUACUGCAAUACUGAAGUUGAGGAAGAUGUGUCUGCACUGCCCAGACGGGAUGCCCAAACUCUGCUGGCCAAAUUCAACCAACAGACGGAGCCCAUCUUUGAGUUGCUCCGUGAAACGGAAGACAUCGUUUUGCCAUGUGACCUCCUUGAGCCCCAGCCUACAGAAAUACCGGAACUAGCAAGAAGCUUGGAUAAGAAUCCGUGUUCAAAAACUGAGCUGCUUCGUUGCCCUAAGAAAUGGGCUGCCAGGAGUUAUGCCAGGAACAUGUAUGUCCAGAACGUUGUUAUUGACAUCCAAAAGUCUGGACUUAAGAAGAAAGCAAUGGUCAAGGCAGUCAAAGGACAACCUGUAUGGAUGACCCAAAGUACCACAAAGGGGACCUCUUCAGCUGUGGCUUCUACUAGUGUCGAAAUGCCUAAGGAUAUGGUUGACUCUCCCAAGAAACCUUCCAUUAACAAUGAAGUACUUAGGACUCUACUCAUCCACGAGUCAAUCCCUUUCUCUGUGUCGGGAAAGACCCCUUGUUUUGACAAAAACGGACCUCAGCAGUCAGAAAGCGACACCAGUGAGUCCGAGGAAGAGGCCAAACCAACUGCAGUCAACACCACCGGCAGUGAUCUAGAAAAUGAUCAGGAGCCAAGAGUUCUAAAUCCAACCGUAAUUGUGGCUGGACGGCCACACUUAUACAGCGAAGUGAGUGAAAACCCAGAACUGGUUUCAUUUAUGACAGAUGAAGAGCGAGAUGCCUACAUUAAAGUUGGGCAGGAGGUGUUCCAUUCUGUCUUUGAGUAAGCACAUGGACCAGGUUGAUGGCUUGCACGAACCUCUUUGUGCAAAUGGAUUGUAAUGCAGGUGAAAAGGAUAAACCCUACUGUGCUUUUUGUUUAAGAAUGGCAUUUGAUAUGUCAAUUAUAACAGUCGAUUUGUUUUCCAUUGGAGGAUUAGCUGACAAUCUAAAAGUCAAGCGAGGUUGAGUCUAUUAUUUUGAAACGAGGAAUGUUUACUUUUGCAUUUUUGUUUAAAAAUCCAAAUGUAAAUCCAAAUUGUAUGAAUUGUAAGAGGGUAUAUAUAAUGUGCCUUGUAAGCUUAAGGUUGGCAUCCUUUUUUAUUCUCAAGGAAACCUACUAAGCAAAAAUAGAGUUACGUCCACAAAACCUCCAACAUGGCAAUUGUCCAGUUAGCAAGUUAGUUUUUUGUUGUUGUUUUUUAAAGCACAUCAAAGUUGCCUUCUCUCUGCAGUGAAGAGAGUAAGACUCUCUUUGAGUUGUAGUCAUUAGAUGCUUAGAUGCUGUGCUUGGCUAUGGCUUAGGGGGUUAGGAGAGCAAAAAAUGCUGAUGGAAAGUGGCCUUUAUGGAGUCUUGUGAUAGCUACUAGCUGUGCUUCCAAGGAAAUUUACUGUCUCCUAAAUGGCUGUCAGUUGAGCAAGAGAUUCUGCCAUUUGCUCUAAUAACUAAAAAAACAGGUCAGACAUCAACUGCCCUGCAAGAAGGGAGACAGGCACACAGGCUAAGAUAAUAUCAGGGUCUACCCAAUUGAACUGAGUGCAACUGUUCCCCUGCCC